CGGUUCGAGUUCCGCCUAGGUUUAAGUUCCGCCUAGGUUUGAAUUUCGCCCCUAUUUGACUUCUGCCGACGAUCCGCCCUAUCUUCUGGCAGCAGUUCGUCACUGGAGUUCAGUACCGGUGAGUUCUUUAUCUUUGUUUUUUUUUUUUUUUUUUUUGUUUCUUCUCCCACUAUGGGUGCAUGCAAUUUGGGCAUCUCUUCCAUUUUAUCUUCUCCGCCAAUUCUUCUUUCAAUGUUUUUUCCAUUCUUAGUGUGUUGUGGUUUUUUCAAUUAUUUCUCCUGAAGGGUUAAAUACUAAAAUAACUAGAGAGGAUGAAGAGGCAUUUGAAAAAGGGUCCUUUCCAAUUCCAUUGCAUUGCCUCAUCAGAUAUUGAAAAAAAGAGAUCAAUAGUGGAGAAUUCUUUUAUUCUACCUCCAAAUGUUGCAUUUCCAGUUAAUCUCAAUUAUUGCGUCUCUUUGGCUUUAUUGUUACCAAAAGCUUCUCAACCGUAUGCCUAUGGCACCAAAUGUUGCUACUUGGGGUGCCUUACUUAAGGCUUGUAAGAAACACGGUGAUAGUGAAAUGGGAAGAAGGGUUGGGAGGAAGCUGAUUGAGCUUCAGCCUGACCAUGAUGGUUUCCAUGUGUUGUUAUCUAACAUAUAUGCUUCAAAAGGAAAAUGGGAUGAUGUUAUUGAGAUUAGAGACAUGAUGAAAAAAUUAAGGGUUUUGAAAAUUCCUGGUUGUAGCAUGAUUGAAGCAAAUGGAGUUAUUCAUCAAUUUCUAGCUAGUGAUAAAACACACCUUAACAUGGAUGCAAUUGAGGAUAUGUUGGUUGAAAUGGCUAUGAAAUUGAAGUUAGAAGGUUAUACACCAGAUACAAAUGAGGUUUUGCUUGAUGUUGAUGAAAAAGAGAAGGAAAGUAUUCGGUUUAGACAUAGUGAGAAGCUAGCCAUUUCCUCCAUUUUUGUAAGUGAAAGAGUUACACUUAGCCAAAUUCAAAAAUCGAAAAAAAGUUUUUAAUAACUAUUUUUCUUUGGUUUCCAGAACUUAGUGUAUUUGGCUAUUUUUGCUUCUGCAAUUCAUAGAAAAAGAUUCGAGUAGGACUGGGCAGUGAUAAAUGUCGGUGAUCGAGUGGACAGUGCAUUGAAAGACAUGGCUAUAGUGAUGAAGCAGCUGAACCGCUCUGGUGAAGCGAUUGAGGCUAUCAAAUCCUUUUCUUUAGAUGAUCUUUU